AUGCGGCUCCAAGCGGCGCUUUUUUUCGCUGCGUGCGUGUCGCCCGCAGCGGCCAUCUACACCGAUGAGGUCAAUCACAUUGAUUUCCACCACGCGUUGCUCGGCGCCCCCUCCCCCGAUUCGACUUUCUUCCUCAAGCCCUCCACCUCCUCCAAUGCAUCCCUCCUCUACACCGUCUCCGACAAGUCGAUUCUGGGAGCCGUCAACCCCCGUGAUGGCACGUUAGUCUGGCGCCAUGACCUCUCGCGGUCGGCCUCGGGGCCGACAGGCGGAGCGGGCAUUCUGCGUGGCCUCGACGGAAACAACGCUGUUGUGGGAGCGGCAGGAGACUACAUCUCGUCAUGGGGCGCUCAGGAUGGGAAGCUGGUCUGGGAAAACAAGAUUGCUGAGGGUUCGGUCGCGGAUCUUGAGCUUCUGGAAUUGGAAGAUGCCAGUGCGACUGCCAGCGGCCGCGAUACUCUUGCGCUCGUUAGCAAUGGUGCUGGUGUUGUGAGACGUUUGGACGGUGAUACCGGAAAGACGAAGUGGGAAUACAAGGAUGAUGGCGGCGAUACUCCGUUCCAGGUGUCAUCUUCUCCCACUGAGGUCUUCUACAUCUCGCUCCAGUCCGCAAUGUUGAAGGGUUAUAAGAUCAAGGUUACCUCGCUGGAUUCAUUGACUGGUCGCCAGACUAGGCAACACACUUUGAGCUCGGACGCCGACGUCACUGGCCCGGAAUCCGUCCUUUUUGUGGGCGCCAACACCGCAUCGCCCUUGAUUGUCUGGGCAGACAAGUCGCAGAAGUCGCUCAAGGUUAAUGUCAUUGGCUCCAAACAGGUCAACACUGUCUCCAUUGACAACACCUCGGGUCAGGAGAUCCAGCAGAUCACGGUCCACGCCCCUCAUAAACUCAACGCUCUUUCCCACUUUUUGGUCCUGUACCGCACAAAUGCUGGAUCGUGGGCUGAGGUUUACCAUGUGGACUUGAAGUCUGCCACUGUGACCAAGGCCUACCAGCUGCCCUUCGUGUCUGGAGAGUCCGUAGUGGCGACCAGCAGCAUUGACGCCAAUGUUUACUUUACUCGCAUUACGGACUCGGAGGCAAUUGUGGUUUCUUCCGCAUCUCAUGGCAUCCUGGGACGGUGGAACCUCGAGUCGCCAUCUUCUGAACGCGCCUCGGGUGCCGUCGCGGAAGUUGUCGCCAAGGGCUCUUCCAUCGCAGUGCGUUCUGCCAUUCUGCGCCAGUCUGGCGAUUGGGAGCUCAUUAGAAAUGGCCAAAUCGAGUGGAAUCGCCCAGAGGCCCUAGUUGAUGCUGUGGCGGCCGCGUUUGUUGACAGCGAUGCUCAGGAAGACCUGGCACAUGAGCUGGAGAUUGAGGGCCACGACAGCUUGCACGGGGCAUACAUCCAUCGGGUAAAGCGCCACGUGCGGGACCUCCAACACCUGCCGGACUGGCUCAAGGAGCUUCCUAAGCGUAUCCUUGGCAGUAUUUUGGGCGACGAGGUGACCAAUCUGGACAGCUUCGGAGUCGCCAAGCCUGUGAUCGUCGCUACCCGGAAGGGUCGUGUUUAUGCUCUGGACACCGGUAAGCAGGGUGCUGUUAUCUGGAGUGUCCAGGCUGUCGAAACCUCCUCCUGGAAUGUCAAGGCUAUUUUGAUCGAACUUGGCGAGGCGACCAUUUACCCCAGUGAUGGAAGCUCGAUCACACUCGACGUCUCCACGGGGGCUAUCAAGUCACGCUCUGCCCCAAAGGAUAUUAACAUUCAGUCGAUUGCCACCGUUGAGAACCAGGUCCUGGCCAUCCAGGCGGAUGGCACUCCCGCUUCUUCAUUUGACGAUAGCACUGGAUUCUUGGUGACCACCAGCGCAGAUGGCCGUGUUCUCGGCUGGGCUAAGAGUGAUAACAAAGUACCCGUUUGGGAGUUUGUUCCUCCUUCUGGUCAAAAGGUCAUUCAGGCCGUCGCUCGUCCUGCGCACGACCCAGUGGCGUCGAUCGGAAAGGUUCUCGGAAAUCGUUCUGUUCUUUACAAGUAUCUCAACUCUAAUCUGGCGUUGGUGACCGCGGUGGAUCCCAAGGGCCACACUGCCGGCUUCUACCUUUUGGAUGGUGUGUCGGGCAAGGUCCUGCACGAAUCUAUCCAAAUUGGCGUGGAUGCGAACCAACCCAUUGCGUCCACCAUUUCCGAGAACUGGUUCGCCUACUCGUUCUACGCCGAUUCCAACGACGAAUCCGCUGCCAAGGGCUACCAGCUUGUCGUCUCCGAACUCUAUGAGUCCGACAUUCCCAAUGACCGUGGCCCUCUCGGCUCUGCUGGAAACUACUCAAGUAUUCAUGGUGACAGCCUUCCGCUGCCUCACGUUGUCUCACAGUCCUUCGUGAUCGCCGAACCUAUCUCCCACAUGGCCGUCACCCAGACCCGUCAGGGCAUCACUACUCGUCAGCUCCUUUGCACCCUUCCAUCCUCCAACUCCAUCGUCGGUAUCCCUCGUCCGGUUCUGGACCCUCGUCGCCCCGUCGGUCGGGACCCCACCUCCGCUGAGGCGGAAGAGGGUCUGUUCCGCUACGCACCGUUCCUCGACUUUGACGGCAGGUGGUACCUCUCGCACUCCCGCGAUGUCGCAGAUAUCAAGACGGUGCUCUCUCAACCUACGCUCCUGGAGAGUACCAGUCUCAUCUUCGCCUUUGGCGGCGAUGUCUUCGGCACCCGUGCCACGCCUAGCCAGGCAUUCGACGUUCUCGGCAAGAGCUUCUCUAAAUUGCAGCUGGUGUUGACCGUGGUGGCAUUGGCCGUCGGAGUCUCGUUUUUGGCGCCAAUGGCUCGUAAGAAGCAAGUCAACAUGUUGUGGAAGGCCUAA